GUGCAGUGGGCUCCGAGUCAACUGGUAUGCGACCGCAGGCACUGGGUCAGACAUUGUAUGGUCUGGCUGGACAGUGGGCAUCGGUCACCAGGCAUCAGUUCCAUUUGGCUCGACAGCGGGCACCGCGUCAUCUGGCAAGGCAGUGGGCUCCAAGUCAACUGGUAUGAACCGCGGGCACUGGGUCAGACAUUGGAUCGUCUGACUGGACAGCGGGCACUGGGUCACCAGGCAUCAGGUCAUUUGGCUCGACAGCGGGCACCGCAUCAUCUGGCAAGGCAGUGGGCUCCGAGUCAACAGGCACGACAGUGAGCACCGGGGCAUCAGGUACCGGAUUGUCUGGCUCGACAGCGGGCAUCGGGUCACCAGGUAUGACAGCGGGCACUGGGUCACCAGGCAUCAGGUCAUUUGGCUUGCCAGCGGGCACCGCGUCAUCUGGCAAGGCCAGUGGGCACCGGUCACCAGAUAUGACAGCGGGCUCUGAGUCAAUUGGCAACGACAGCAGGCACUGGAUCAGGUACCGGAAUCAUCUGGAUCAACAGCGGGCAUCGAGUCAACUGCCUAAUAGGAUCGUCGGGCUGGAUCAGUUCAUCAUGCUGAGUAGCGGCUUCAGGCUGAAUGCAGGCAUCAGGCUGAGGAGAGGCUUCAGGCUGAAGAGAGGCAUCCGGCUGAAGAGAGGCAUCAGGCCGAGUAGAGGCUUCAGGCCGAGUAGAGGCUUCAGGCUGAGUAGAGGCUUCAGGCCGAGUCACAGAAGGCAG